AUGUUACCGGUUAAUAUUUACGGCCCGGACGGCAAGCGGGAGGUCCUUGCCAUAUUUGGCGAAGGUUCGUCAGUGUCCAUAAUGGAGACCGGCGUAGCAAAUUUGAUCGCUGCUAAAAGCGAUGUACAUCCACUCACGCUGCAGUGGUACGACGAUAAAAUGGUAACCGAAUGUGUGCACGGUAAAAAAUUUAAUUUACCCGAACAAUCACUAAGAAAAGAAAAUUUCGAUAAUCUUAAAGAUAUGCCAAUUUUGAACUAUUAUCGUGCAAAACCAGAUAGUUUUGGUGUCAAUCCGUUGCCGCAGAAGAUAGAGUCAGAUGAAGAGAAUCGCGCACGGUCAAAUUUACAACAAACGACAAGAAAAAUGGGACACCAGUACGAAGUCGGGUUGCUGUGGAAAGAGUAUCCGCCGAAAUUGCCCGAGUCGAUCCAUGGCGGAAAAGCGUUUGUGGACAGUGGAAAAAAUAAUGGGAGGCGACGUCGAGUUUCGUGUGCGUUUCCGGACGCCGUAUCCACGAUUAUCAACACACACUAUGUUGACGAUUUAGUUGCCAGCUUCAACGAGGCCGAAGAAGCCGUAAGAAUCUGCCAAGAGAUAUUUAGAAUCAAUCGGCAUGCGGGAUUCGAGCUGCGAAAUUUUAUCUCCAACUAUCGUGAGGUUGAAGAAAUAAUGAACCAACAACCAACGUCGCCAGAAAGAGAAGCAGACAGCAUGUUUCAUCGCGUGCCCCAAGGUGUCCUAAACAGAACGCGUGCACCAACUAAACGGAAAUUACUGCGCAUCGUAAUGGCGGAGUUUGAUCCGUUUGAGACCUGGGAGAGCGAAAUAGAAUGGGACAACAUUCUCCCGAUGGAGCUAGGCAGGAAGUGGUUACAAUGGUGGCAAGAAAUCAACAGCAUGAAGCAAUUCACGAUUCCACGGUGCUCCUCACAACACGUCGCAAACAUGGGUAAAGUCGAGGUGCAUAUGUUUGUGGAUGCAAGUCAAGUUGCGUUUGCUGCGGUGGGGUACUUGCGAGCUCUCCACGAAGGAAAUGUUGAUGUCAGCUUCGUAAUGGGAAAACCUCGUACCGCUCCGACGAAGCUCAUGUCGAUCCCGCGCCUAGAACUGCAGUCAGCUGUCCUGGGCACCUGUCUAUUCAAAUUAUUCCAAGAAUCCCACGAGCUCACGAUCGAGCGGGCGGUAUUCUGGAGCGACUCGCCAACCGUUCUGCAGUGGAUACAUUCAUCGCAGAGAAAAUACAAGGCGUUUGUUGGUCAUAGUAUAUCCGAAAUACUCACCUCCACUGCCCCAUAUCAAUGGCGAUGGGUGCCAACUGCACAAAAUACUGCAGACGCUGCCACGCGCCCAUCAUGUCCACCGAUAUUCGACAUCAAUAACCGUUGGGUAAAGGGUCCAGACUUCUUAAUGUACCACGAGCAGUAUUGGCCUACCCUAACACUACAACCGGAAGGCGUCGUACCAGAAGAAAUUACGACCGAAGCGAUACUACUGGUGCAGCCAUGUAACUCAGUCAUACAUUUUUCAAUAUUUGGUUCAUUUUCGAAGCUGCGACGUACCGCAGCUUGGGUGCUGCGUGCAGCGAGCUUAUUUCGAAAGCAGCCAAAUAGCGAAGUCAAUCCAUCAACGAGCCUGAGCGUGACAGAAAUCGAUGCUGCCGAAAACAUGAUUUGCAAAUUAGUCCAGCGUGAGUGUUGCGCGAGUGAAAUCUCCAACUUGGCAGCGGAGCGCAAACUUAGCAAACGAAGCUCUUUAUACAAACUGUCACCGUAUGUUGAUGAAAGUGGUGUACUACGACAGAGCGGCCGCAUCGAUGAGGCGGCAUACCUACCAUACCAAGCGCGACGACCGAUUUUGCUACCACCAGAACACGCAGUGUCGGCCUUAGUUGUCAAAGAUGUCCAUGAGAGGAACCACCAUCAGAAUAUCGCAGUAACCAUCAACGCCAUUAGACAAAGGUACUGA